UGACUCCGGAUGUUCACAUUUCAAUGUGUCACUGGAAUACAGUGUUGGGUUUGCAAUUUAUACCUCGUUAUUUGUAAUUUUGGUAAAGCAACAUAGUGCCUGUAUUGAUUUUUAUUUAUGUAUUUGUUUGUUUGUACAGCCGCAGCGAGGUUUUUAGCAUGUUAGCUAAGUGUUUUAGAAGUUAUGCUGCUAUUUAGUAUAAACACAGCGGCUGAAUCCCGAAUGGCGCGCUAUCGUACACAAAGUUCACUAUCUAGCUUGUACAAGCCAUGAUUUCGUGCCCUAUGUAGUGCACUUGUGUAGGGAUCAGGGAGUAAUUUCGGAGUGAGCCGGUCUGUGUGCGUUAACGCCACCGUGUUUUCAGACAUUGCUGCCGGAGGAAGUGUUGAAGAGAAGGAGAGAAUGGCCGGGGCGCUGCUCGAGUAUGAAACGGAAAUGUUCGUGAGUCUCUUCAGCACGGACGGGUUACUGGUCGCGGCAGAAGGACUCGGUAUCGACCGCGUUUUGUUACACUUUAUGAAGGUUUACUCCGAGGAAGGCAGUCUGGUGCUGCUGCUGAACACAACCCCUCCUGAGCAGGUAACAGGGCAGCAGACUGGGCUUUACUCGAGUUUACCGCUGUGUCUGAUGGGUAAAAAUGCUGUGUUCCAGGAGUUCUUCACAGAGCAGCUGAGAGCUGAAGGAGUCAGCCACCUUCCCCACACUGUGACCAGUGAUGUACAGAGCAGUGAGCGCUACCACGUCUACACACAAGGGGGCGUGCUGUUUGUGACCAGCCGCAUCCUGGUGGUGGAUUUCCUCACCGACAGAAUUCCUGCUCACCUCAUCUCAGGAAUCCUCGUCUACCGUGCCCAUAAGAUCAUUGAGUCAUGCCAAGAGGCCUUCAUCUUGAGACUGUACCGACAAAAGAACAAGACCGGCUUCAUCAAAGCGUUCACCGACAAGGCCACUGCUUUUUCAACUGGUUUCUGUCAGGUUGAGCGAGUUAUGAGGAAUCUGUUUGUGAAGAAGCUCUAUCUCUGGCCCAGGUUUCAGGCCUCGGUGAACAGUGUACUGGACAGGCACAAGCCUGAUGUGGUGGAGCUGCAUGUGCAUUUGACUCCAGCGAUGAGGGCCAUCCAGAGCUCCAUUCUGGACAUCAUGAACGCCUGUUUGAAGGAGCUCAAGCGUUACAACCCGACUCUGGAGGCAGAGGACCUCUCGCUGGAGAAUACACUGGGCAGUGCCUUUGAGAAAACAAUUCGCCAUUAUCUGGAUCCCUUGUGGCAUCAGCUGGGAGCGAAGACCAAGUCUCUAGUGCAGGACCUGAAGAUCUUGAGAACUCUGUUGCUAUACCUCACGCAGUACGACUGCGUCACUUUCCUUAACCUGCUGGAGUCCCUGCGUUCCAGCCAGAAAAACUUUGGCAGCAAUUCAGGAUGGCUUUUCCUGGACUCCAGCACUUCGAUGUUUGUGAACGCCCGUAGCCGUGUGUAUCGCAUUCCUGAGUCGAAAAAGAAACCUAAAGUUGAUCAAGUGGAAGAAAAACCGAGCGGCUCUGGGCCUUUAAAAAGAGAGCUUGUGCUUGAAAAGAAUCCGAAGUGGGAGGCUCUGACUGAGGUGCUGCAGGAGAUUGAAAAAGAAAUGAGUAGCUCUGACCACGAGCCAGGCCGGGUGUUGAUAUGCGCCAGUGACGACAGGACGUGUGCUCAGCUGAAGGAGUACAUCCAGAAAGGUGCCGAUUCGCUACUCCUCCGCCUUUACUCACGCACUAUUGGUAAAGAUGAGUGUGUACCAGUGUCUGAGAAAACUAAACAAGGUAACUCCAGAAGAGACGUAGGAAAGGCGCCAAAGGGCAAGAAGCCCCGAGCCAAAAACGCCAAACUCGGCUUAAAGAAACAGCGAACUUCACUGACGCUCACACAAAUGGUGGGGCAGCAGAAAGAAGCUGAGGUGGGACAGAUGGGCAGCAGUGGAGAUGAGGGAGAACAGGAUGAAAAGCAGGAGGUGAAGGAUGAUGAUGAUGUUGUUCUGAAUCUUACUUCCGAUUCCUACUAUGGUGUUCUCCAAGAGCCCAUGACGGUCAUUCAUCCGUUGAAAGGAUGCUCGGAUCCGUACAGUCUAACGCGAGUGUUAAAAGAGGUCGAGCCCGUGUUUGUGGUGCUGUAUGAUGCUGAACUCAGCUUUGUGCGCCAGCUGGAGGUUUAUAAAGCCAGCAGGCCGGGCAAACCUCUCAGGGUGUAUUUUCUUAUUUACGGUGGUUCCACAGAAGAGCAGAGGUAUCUCACUGCUCUGCGUAAAGAGAAACAAGCAUUUGAACAUCUGAUCAGAGAAAAGGCCAGCAUGGUUGUUCCAGAAGAGAGAGAAGGCCGAGGAGACACAAACUUGGACCUGGAUCGUAAUCAGGAACCUGCUCACGCUGCUGCAGACACUCGCAAAGCAGGUGGACAGGAGAUGGUCAAAGAGCCAUGCCGAGUCAUCGUAGACAUGCGGGAGUUUCGCAGCGAGCUUCCUUCCCUCCUACACCGGCGUGGGCUCGACAUCGAGCCUGUCACCCUGGAGGUGGGAGACUACAUCCUGACUCCUGAAAUCUGCGUGGAACGCAAGAGUGUGAGCGACCUGAUCGGCUCACUGCAGAACGGCCGUUUGUACACCCAGUGCCUCUCCAUGAGCCGCUUCUACCGUCGGCCCGUGCUGCUCAUCGAAUUUGACCCAGCCAAACCGUUCUCACUCGUGGCCCGUAGCGAGCUGCGUCAGGAGAUCUCAGCCAACGACAUCACCUCCAAACUGACCCUCCUGACUCUCCAUUUCCCCCGGCUGAGGCUGCUCUGGUGCCCGUCACCCCAUGCUACGGCACAGCUCUUUCAAGAACUCAAGCAUGGUCGGCCUGAGCCCGAUGCCCUCACUGCCCAGGCCGUUACAGCAGAAUCGGAGAUGGUGGAAGAUUCAGUUGACCUGUACAACCCCGGGCCUUAUGACUUCCUGCUCCGUAUGCCUGGAGUUAAUGUUAAAAACGUAAGGGGACUCAUUAAACAUGCUGCCAGCCUGGCUGAGCUGCUCACUCUGAGCCAGGAAAAGCUGAGUGAGAUUCUAGGCAGUGCCAGUAAUGCCAGGCAGCUCCAUGAAUUCCUGCACAAUAACAUGGAUGUGGCUUCAGUUCAGAAGAGCAGACAAAUGAAGCAUUAGUAUAUAAACAAGCCUGGCAGGAUUACAUUACAUUGCGGGCAUUUAGCAGAAACUCUUAUCCAAAGCGACGUACAGCAUACCCAGAAAAAGCUUAGGGUUAGGUGCCUUGCUCAAGGGCACUUUAGUCAUUCCUGCUGGUCCAGGGAAUCAAACCAGCAACCUUUUGGUCCUAAAGCUGCUUCUGUAACCAUUAAGCCACAGCUUCCAGAAUUGUACAUCUAUAAAAUGUAAUGCAUUUAUUUUUUAUAAAAUAUUUAAGUGGAAAUUUUUUUAACGUCAAGCAUAAUAAUGUACAGUCUAUGAAUUUUCAACUGUAUCUGAAUAUUUAAGGAGUUUGUAAAGUAAAUGUUUGAACUAUGCCCUACAUUAAAAUAAUU